UUUCAAUAUCCGUCCCGCACGUCAACAUAUAAGCUUCCCCGGAAGACCUUGCCACCUGGGUCUAUGAGGUAAAAUAUUUUAAAUUCCCUGAACCCCCAUCCUCACGGUCGUGAGACCAUUUACACCCAAUCCAAGCAAAUAUUACCAGGAUGGCUACACCGAUCACCAAUAAGAAAGAUUCUUCCGGAAUCGGAAAGGAGUCCAUCGCGUCGACAGAGCAGGAGCAUGAUCACAGCAAGGGUGUGCUCGUCAAUGCUUCUGGGCACGUGCAAGAGCUUGAUCGUCAAUUCAAUCUUGUCAGUCUUGCUGGUGCUGGACUGGUCACAGGUAACGUGUGGCCGGCCCUGGGUGGAAGCAUUUUGGUAGCAAUUUUCAAUGGAGGCCCGCCAGGUGUCUUGUACGAGUUUAUUACCGUCUCGGUCUUCUACUGGAUUGUCGCAGCAAGCAUCGCCGAGCUUGCAUCUGCGAUUCCGUCCAGUGCCGGCGUUUAUCAUUGGGCUUCGGUGACCCCUGGGCACAAAUGGGGUCGUGUGAAUGGCUUCUUCGGAGGCUACUGGAAUUGGCUCGCUUGGGUAUUCGGCUGUGCCUCGAUGAGCUUCAUCUUUGCAAACACUGUCGUUCAGAUGUGGGGAGUCACCCAUGCUGAUUUCGUGGCCAAGCAGUGGCACGUCUUUGUGGUCUACUUGAUCGUGACCUGGCUUGCCUGCUUCGUCGUCUGCUGUUUCAAUCGUGCAAUGCCAUACAUGACCCAGGUUGGCAUCUUCCUGAUCUUGGCCGGAUUCUUGAUCACAGUCGUCGUCUGUGCUGCUAUGCCGGGACACGGCGGAAGGCCUGCACACGCGAGUUCAAGCUUUGUCUGGACAGAAUGGAAUGCAGACAUUGGAUACGGCGCCGGCUUCACGUUUGUCGCUGGGAUGCUCAACGGAGCAUUCGCAGUGGGCACUCCUGACGUAACAACUCAUCUGGCUGAAGAAAUCCCGAAUCCUCAGAGAAAAGUCCCGCAAGCAAUCGCAUGGCAGAUGGGCAUUGGUUUUGUCACGGGGUUCUUGUAUCUCAUUGCGAUCCUUUACUCCAUCAACGACUACGACGCACUGUUCGAUUCAGCUUACCCGAUUGCCGAGAUCUAUCGUCAAGCCACAGGAUCGUCGGCCGGCGCCAUCGGGCUGCUGUGCUUGUUGCUUUUCUGCAUCACACUGAACGUCGUUGGCGUCUACAUCACCGCAGGGAGGACACUCUGGACGCUCGCUCGUGACCGAGCCACGCCUUUCCCGACCUUCCUCAGCAAAGUCAGCCCACGCUUGGGCAUGCCCAUGAACGCCACUAUCGUCUGCGGUAUCUUCGCUACAGUUCUCGGAUGUAUCUACGUCGGAAGCACCACAGCCUUCAACGCUUUCGUGGGCAGCUAUGUUCUUAUGAGCUCCGCCUCCUAUCUGGCCGCCAUCCUCCCCCACCUCCUGACCGGACGGAAGAAUAUUGUCUAUGGCCCGUUCAGGCUGAAAGGCUGGCUGGGCUACGCCAUGAACUUUGUUGGUUGUGGAUAUAUGCUGGCUUGGUUUGUCAUUUACUCGUUCCCGUUCGCCUUGCCCGUGGAUGCGCAAAAUAUGAAUUACGCUUGUCUGAUCUGGGGCGGCUUGACCAUCUUCGUCGCGGUAUGGUGGUUUAUCGGAGCGCGCAACAAUUAUGAAGGCCCUACCACAACUGGAGGCACAUCUCAGGCCGAGCAGAUUCGGCGGCCGAGCGUGGAAUUGAGGAAGAGAUCGAUUCAGGCAUGAAUGAAAACGCAGCUGUAAGCACCAUCCGAUU